AUGGCUUCACUAUCUGAAGAAGAUUUUUCUUGUCCCGUGUGUAUUGAAAUCUUCAAGGAUCCUGUUGUUUUAUCAUGUAGUCACAGUGUCUGUAAAGAGUGUCUCCAACAGUUCUGGAGAAUCAAGGGAACUCAGGAGUGUCCUGUCUGCAGGAGAAGAUCCUCAAGAGAUGAUCCUCCAUGUAAUCGUGUUUUAAAAAACUUGUGUGAGUCGCUCCUGAAGGAGAAGAAAGAGAGGCAUUCAUCAGAGUCUGAGGAGCUCUGCAGUUUACACAGUGAGAAACUCAAACUCUUCUGUCUGGAGGACAAACAGCCGGUGUGUUUAGUGUGCUUUACUUCACAACAACAUGACAAUCAUAAAGUCAGACCCAUCAAUGAAGUUGUGUCAUCAUACAAGGUGGAGCUCAAUACAGCAAAGAAGUCUUUACAAGACAAACUAAAACACAAUGAAAAUAUAAAAGAAGAGUUUGUGAAAACAGUUCAACACAUCAAGUCUCAAGCUGAUCACACAGAGCGUCAGAUUAAACAGCAGUUUGAGACGCUUCAUCAGUUUCUCAGAGAUGAAGAAGAAGCUACAAUCACUGCACUGAGAGAGGAAGAGGAGGAGAAGAAACAGAUGAUGAAGGAGAAGCUGGAGGAGAUGAACACACACAUCUCAGCUCUUUCACACACAAUCAAAGACAUGGAGGAGAUGAUGAAAGACAGUGACGUCUGCUUUCUGAAGAAGUUUCCAGUCUCGAUGGAAAGAGUCCAGAUCUCAUCACAGCCGGAUCCACAGACUCCUUCUGGAGCUCUUAUUCAUGUGCCACGAUACUUGGGAAACCUGCCCUUCAGAGUCUGGAAGAAGAUGCAGGACAUCGUCCAGAACACUCCUGUGAUUCUGGAUCCAAACACGGCUCAUCCACGUCUCCUCCUGUCUGAUGAUCUGACCAGUCUGAGAUGGAGCGUGAACAAACAACCUCUUCCUGAUAAUCCAGAGAGAUUUGAUGAGUGUCUUUGUGUUCUGGGUUCAGAGGGGUUUAACUCAGGAACACACUACUGGGACGUGGAGGUUAAAGAGUGCUCACACUGGAGUGUUGGAGUAACUACAGCAUCAAACCAGAGGAAGGGAUGGGGUUUCUUUAAUAGUGAUGUCUGGUGUGUGCAGUAUCAUGAAUCUCCAUAUCUCUCACUAUUCACAAAAUGUAGUUUUCUUGUUAAACAGAGGCUGGACAGAGUGAGAGUGAAUCUAGACUAUGACAGAGGAACAGUGUCAUUCUCUGAUCCUGUAACUAACACACAUCUACACACAUUCACUAACACCUUCACUAAAACAGUCUUCCCAUUCUUUUAUUUUUGGGGCGACUCUCUCAGGAUCUUACCGCUCAGCAGUCAGUAAUCAUUACACCUGUAGGUCUGGAUCUUCCUGCUUUGUUUCCAAUAUUUCCUCCAAAUCACAUGAGUAAGAGUGCUGUUGAUCUGAAUAUCAGUACAUACAGACUGAUCUCAGCUCUACAGACACACUCACACUGACACACUGCUGUUAUACAUCAAUAAAUAAUACAAUUAAUUUAGUGAGAGCAAUCAAACUGUAGAUGAUUGAGUUUAUUCGAUCCAUCACUGUUUGUUGAGGUGAAAUUAAUAUCAAGUUACUUCAUUUCAGUCACAGUAUAUCCAGAUAUCUUCAGCGUUCAGACACAGAAAACAUGGAAACAUCAGGGAAUAUUAAAACUAUUAUCUUCAGGCAUGGAUUUCUGUUAUGGGAAUAUAUUUUUAUUCAUUACUUUAUCUCUAGAUUUAUUAAUCAAGCGUCACACUGCACUGAAUUAAAACACACGGUGAAGGUUACAAUCAAUCAUGUUAUAUUCUUAAAUCUGACCGAUGAGAAACAGUGAUUUUUCUGUAAGAAAAAGAAAACCCUUUUGAGGAAGAAAUUGUAGUUCUUCUGUUUUGUUUUGUUUUUCAGUGUGAAAAUGUCUUGGUUUUCAGACUUUCUGUUGUUGGUUCAAAUGUUCAAAGCAGAAAAAUUGUGCUAAAUUAAAACUAGUGUUUAAAUGUGUAUAAUUAAAGAUCAAAUCCAGUAAAAAUGA